AUGGUUCAGAUUGGACGCCUAAUAAUUGGACAGAAUGGCAUCUUAUCGACACCUGCGGUUUCCUGCAUUAUUAGGAAGAUCAAGGCGGCUGGAGGAAUCAUCCUGACUGCCAGCCAUUGUCCUGGAGGACCAGGGGGAGAGUUUGGAGUGAAGUUCAAUGUUGCCAAUGGAGGUCCUGCUCCAGAUGUUGUUUCUGAUAAAAUCUACCAGAUCAGCAAAACCAUCGAAGAAUAUGCUAUAUGUCCUGAUCUUCGCAUUGACCUUUCUCGACUAGGAAGACAGGAAUUUGACCUGGAGAACAAAUUCAAGCCAUUCAGAGUGGAGAUUGUGGACCCUGUGGAUAUCUAUCUCAACCUGCUUCGGACCAUUUUCGACUUUAAUGCCAUUAAGAGUUUGCUGACUGGGCCCAGCCAGCUGAAGAUCAGAAUUGAUGCAAUGCAUGGAGUGAUGGGCCCCUAUGUGAGAAAAGUUCUUUGUGAUGAGCUUGGAGCCCCCGCCAACUCGGCAAUAAACUGUGUCCCACUAGAAGACUUUGGAGGACAACAUCCUGACCCAAAUCUGACAUAUGCAACUACCCUUCUAGAAGCUAUGAAAGGAGGAGAAUAUGGGUUUGGAGCUGCAUUUGAUGCUGAUGGGGACCGCUACAUGAUCCUAGGCCAGAAUGGCUUCUUUGUGAGUCCUUCUGACUCCCUGGCCAUCAUUGCUGCCAAUCUCUCUUGCAUUCCAUAUUUCCGUCAGAUGGGUGUUCGAGGGUUUGGGAGAAGUAUGCCCACCAGUACAGCCCUGGACAGAGUGGCCAAAUCCAUGAAGGUCCCUGUGUACGAGACCCCAGCCGGAUGGAGAUUCUUCUCAAACCUAAUGGACUCGGGACGGUGCUCUCUGUGUGGAGAGGAGAGUUUUGGCACUGGGUCUGAUCACCUCCGAGAGAAAGAUGGCCUGUGGGCUGUUUUGGUCUGGCUGUCCAUUAUUGCUGCCCGGAAGCAGAGUGUGGAGGAAAUUGUCCGAGACCACUGGGCCAAAUAUGGCCGCCACUAUUACUGCAGGUUUGACUAUGAGGGGCUGGAGCCCAAGGCGACUUAUUACAUUAUGAGGGACUUGGAGGUCCUGGUCACAGACAAGUCCUUCAUCGGCCAGCAGUUUGCUGUGGGGAGCCAUAUCUACAGUGUGGCAAAGACAGACAGCUUUGAAUACGUGGACCCUGUGGAUGGUACCGUGACCAAGAAACAGGGUUUGAGGAUCAUUUUCUCCGAUGCAUCAAGACUCAUCUUCCGGCUCAGUUCCUCCAGUGGUGUGCGGGCCACCAUCAGACUCUAUGCGGAGAGCUACGAAAGGGACCCCAGUGGCCAUGACCAGGAGCCUCAGGCGGUGCUGAGCCCUCUCAUCGCCAUCGCACUGAAAAUAUCCCAGAUUCACGAGAGAACGGGUCGCAGAGGACCUACUGUCAUCACUUGAGCGGAAAAGGGAAGAUCUCCCACCAGGGCCAGAGAGAGCUCAGCAGGAGACGCCUCCCAGGCCUUCUUGCUACCUGUUGUGCCUCUUAGGACUUGGGAAGAACAAAAGUUCUUUUACUCUUGGGGGGUGAAAGGGUGGGUGGGAAAAGAAAAAAAACUGUUUUGUUUUGAUUUGUUCAGUUCCUCUAAAUGCCUCCUCCCAUAGUUGACUUUGAAUCUGCACUCUGUAUUUUAUCACGCUGAGGGGGUCUUCCUUUUCGAGA